GUAAUACAAGAUGGCGGUUAAGUUUGUUUUCAUUUGAGCACUGGACCAGCUACAUUUUGUGACACUUAUCAAAAAAUUGUUUAAGUACAGUAGUUCAAUUUACUGCAAUUAGUUACCUGUUAGAAAUCUAACAUUCUAUCAGUCGGACACUGCAUAGUUUGUACCAUGAAAUCCGACGUGGAGGAAUUGAUGCCCAGGCUUCUGCCUGUGGAAACUUGCGAAAUUGUGGAAGACUUGAAUCUCAAUGAGCCUCCGAGAAAUCCACAGGAAUAUCUGAGACAAGUUCAAUUAGAGGCUUCUCUUUGUCCAGAUGUUGUUGUGGCAAAGAUUGAUCCGAAGAAAUUGAGAAAGAAACAAACAGUCAAUGUGUCGCUCACAGGUUGCCAAGCUGCUCCACCAGGGUUUUCACCAAGUAUAAAAUGGCAGCGACAGCAAGUCAGCAAUUUCUCAGAAAUAAGACAGAGUAUCAGUAAGCACAGACAACACUGGAGUGGUCAGGCACUGGAUGACAAUGUGUUAAUGCCAAAACAGGAUGCAGAGGAACAAUGGAAAAGGUUCUGCCUGGGUGAAAAUGUUUAUUUGAACUCCCCUACCAAUGAUGCUGGUGGUGAAAACCCAGGCCUUGAUUAUGUUAAGGUUGGUUUUCCACCUUUUCUUAGCAUAGUGAGCAGGCUAAAUCAGGCCACGGUCUCUGCAGUUUUGGAGUAUUUGAUUAACUGGUUUGAGGAGAAUGGGUUUGUCCCACAGUUGGGGAGAUGGUUAUAUGCACUGCUGGCUUGCCUUGAGAAACCACUCCUCCCUGAAGCACAUUCCUUAAUAAGACAGCUGGCCAGACGUAGUUCUGAAGUGCGGGCCAAUCUGGAAAACCAGGAAGAUGAAAGGUUGUCUCCUUUAAACUUGAUGAUCUGUCUUGUUGCAAGGUACUUUGAUCAGAACGACCUGGCGGAUAAGGAGGACUAAACCUGUUGCUUCGAUUGAAAUCUACCAUACCAUGACAUUUUGCUCUAUGAACCUACAACUAUGCUCUGUUGUGGGAUCCACCAGAUAUUGUACGGUUUCUAUUUGAAGCCUUUUGAAAAAACAUUGUCUUGAGAAGAAAAUGUUACUCAACAAUGCCCUUUGCUGUUGCUCAAAUUAAAUAAGCUGUUUGCUUUC